UAAUUCUUCAGUUGUCAGAUUAGAAAUUUGUAGAAAAAUCAGUAACCAAAUCAAAACAUUUUCGAUUUUCAGACCCAAGUGUGUUAACCAAUGGAACUAGAGACCUAAAACCAGAUAUUACAAAACAGUUUAAAAAAAACCCUUACAAACGUUACAAAUUUAAGUCAUUUUGUGGAAUUACGACAUUCGGUCAUAUUUAUUUCUCACAUCAUAUUUUGGAUCUUAAGAAGAGCAAAGCAGAGCAGAGAGCAGCAACAAUGGGCAAUGUGCACACGCUAGAGGAGGGCAUGGCCCAUGGGCAUGGCCAUGGCCAUGGGCAGGGACAGGGCAAUGGCAACGGCAACGGCAACGGCAAGGAGGGACUGGGACAGUCGCACAUGGACAAGGAGAAGCUCUAUCGAUUCUUCGGCAUACGCAUGGCCAAUGAGGGCGAUGGCUAUGAUAUAACCGGGCAGCGGCGUGCGGAGAUACAGCUGAAGCAGGAGGAGAAUCUGGAGGCAGCGGGCGCAGGAGGGGUGCGUGCCGCCGCAGCGGUUGCCGUCGGCGGUCUGGCAGCGCCGGCGACAGCGUUGCCAGAGCGUUUAGCGAAUCCAGGCACCGUGGCGGAAUUGCAUCGUCGCUGCCACGAUAUGCUGCCGCAAACAUUUGACGGCUUCCGGCUAAAUGUUAGCCGUGCCCUCGGCAGCAGUGUGACCGUCGGCCAUUCCCUGCAGGUGGGCAACCGGCCGCAGACCGCCGACUGUCAGUUCAAUGCCAGCUAUAUGGGCCAGCGGCAGCACGAGCUAACCGGCGAGGCAUACCCAAUGAUCAUCGGCGAGGUGGAUGCCCACGGCAAUGUGACCGGCACAUUGAUGCACUUCAUCACGCCACGGUGCCGUGGCAAACUGACGACCACCAUACUCGACUCGGAGGUGCAGAGUUCGCGCCUCUUUCUAGACUAUUUUGGCAGCAAUUAUAGCUGCACCUGCGUUCUGAGCAACAUCGAUCUGCCGCAGCGCAUGGGCGUCUUUGUGGCAUCCUAUCUGCAACAGGUCACCCCCGAGCUGGCGCUGGGCGUCGAUUUCAUCUAUCAGCGCGAGGAUAUUGUGCCCGGCGGCCAGGCGGCGCUCGUCUCGGCAGUGGCACGCUACCAGCAGGAUAAUCGACAAUGGUCCGCCAUGAUCAGCCUGCACGCCCUGGAGCUCUGCUAUACGCAGUUCUAUGGCCAGAGUCUGGGCGCCAGUGUUCAGCUGCAGGCUAAUAUCUUGAAGCGUCAGGCGAUAUCGCGGCUAUGCUAUCAUUGCCAUAUGCCCAGGGUUGGGUUCAGUUUUCGGGGCGGCAUCGAUACACGCGGCGUCAUCAGCGCCGUCUGCGAGAAGCGACUCGAGCCGCUGCCCAUUCUGCUGCAGCUCAGCGGCAAGCUGAAUCAUCUGACCAGUCGGUUUCGCUUCGGCCUGGGCCUAAUACUGGGCUAAGCAUGGAUGCCACAUGGUUUGGCCCUCAAUUUCAGCCACUUGACGAACAAGCAACAGCUUGAUCAGCUCUUGCAUUGGAAUCUGCCACAGAGCGUGCAACGAAUUGUUGAAUGCUCUUUUUUGUGCCACAGUCUUAAAUGCUUGUUUAAAUAAAUCAAAUUCGGAGGCGCCUGCACCUUUUUAGUGCGCUUGGUUCGCGCCAACGACUCAAAAUAAUAUUAAAAUAAGAUAAAAAUAUAUAUUUAAAAAAGAACAAAUUCAAAUGAACAAGAUGCUCAAGUCCAAAUCAGCUCAAUUUUUUAAAUUCAGCGGUUUUAUUCAACUUUCCAAAAGUAAACAAAAUGUAACAGUAAGAAACUCGAAAAUUCAGAAAUGAUGUUAAUUUAAUAAAGCGAAAUUUAUUUAAACAAAA